AUGCACGCCUCAGAUCUGUCCACGCUGCCGGCUGCGUCGCUGGCGCAGCCAGAGCUGCUGCCCCGCCCCGGCCAGCCGCGCCGCGCCCCUCUCAUUAGCGCCGCCCGUCUCGCGCCUCGUGCCCCUGCCACCCCCUGCAGCAACUGCCCCUCCCUGUCGAGCCUGUCGGCCCGGCUCAGCUUCGCCCCCGCCUGCGCGUACCUGGCCGCCUGCCUGGCCACCUGCCGCCUCAUGGGGCGCCUCGCCAACCUCUCCUCCCUCACGCUGCGCUGCCCCGACAAGCGGCCCGCGCUGCUGGCGCCGCUGCGCCAGCUGGCGUCGCUGACGGCCCUGACCUUUGAGGGCGCGGCCGACCCGGCCAGCGGCGCGUGGCUGCCCGGCGGCCUCCGGCGGCUGUCAAUUGGGGCCGGCGGGCCGCGCGGGCUGCCCGCCGUCGGGCACGCGUGGCUCAAGGCAGUGCUCGCGUGCACGGGCCUAGAGAGCCUGCGGCUGAAUGUGAUGAGGGGGCGGGACCUGAGGCUUAACACUGGGCCGUUGGGGGUGCCCCCUUUCGCGGAGGACGCGUUUUAUGAAGCCAUCGGGAAGUGA